AUGGGGAUGCCAUUGCAUUUCUGGGUUGACACAAGCUUCAUGAGUAUUGGAGAGGCUAUUGGUGAAGUCCAAGUUAUUGAUCUUGAUGGAGGCAGGGUACAACUCAGGAUCGAUGCUUUCAAGGCUCUGAUUUUCAACACGAUUGUGGAGUUUCAGGGUGGCAUUGAGACAAUGGUAAAGCUACGGUUUGAAAGGCUGUACGCUUUCUGCAGAGAGUGCAAUAGUCCUUGCCAUGACUCGGGGAAGUGCCCGCUUUUGUACCCAAAGAGAGAAAGGCAAGAGAAGCAUCGUUACAAAGAUGAUAGGAAUCAGGGAGAGGCUGCAAGUUACAAAGGGGCCCUACAGGAUAAGAUGGGGUCUUUAGGUUCUGUUUCGGAUCUGCAACUGUCAACGGAAGCUUCGGUGCAAGGAAAAGGGAAAGGGAAGGUCUCAGAGUAUCAAGAGGGGAGAAACGGUCAAACUUAUGGAACCAGAUUUGGUGGUGACAAAUCAGGAGGUCCCCGGCAACCAGGUAGGGUCUUUCCGCCAAAGGAAAUGCGACAGCGGUUCAGGGGUUCUUCCCGGGGAAUCUCUAGGGGGAACAAUGUGUUAACACAGAAGUAG